AUGAACAAGUCUCAUGCACUAGAAGUGCUCAUUGACGACACAACCACCACCGCACAACCAGGGAUAUCUCAUACGCCCCCACAGUCUCCCAUCAGGGACUUGCAAAACUCCCAGCUUGCUCCUGCACUCACCGACACUCCUUUCAAACAAGGUAGUUCCACGAAAAUCCCCUGGACAACUAAUGCGCGUUGCCGGAACCUCACAAUCAAUGCCUUGGGCACGGACAUCAAAAGUUAUUGCGUUGGCCCAAUGCCAGUCCAGGAAUUUCUUGAGAAGUUCCUACCGACUUCAGAGAUACCAGCUCUCCCACCUUUGACCUUCAAGAGUGGCACGUUUGAUAGUACGAUCUCCGUUAAAGAAGAGGUGCGAGCUUAUGAACCAUUCAUUAACACCGUGAAAUCUUUUGGCCCCGCUUUAUCAUUCAUCAAUACUUCCAACAAUCCAGACACAAAGCUUUCUUCAUCAUUCUCAUUCGCUGUCAAGCCGGACAUCAGUAUAUAUGCUGAUGGAACAUCGCACGGCUGCGAUGUUUCUACCGCAGAAGUUAUCGUUGAAUUCAAGUGGGCUUCCUGCCAUGAUGCCUUUUGUGACUCCCCUGUUGAAUUGAAGGAGAACGAAACUCCCUUUAUCAACUGUACCAUGAAGGGCAUGGACACACUAGGACAAAUCACAAGCUAUGCUGCCGCCCAACUUGGCGCUCAAUAUCAUGGGACAGAGAGGGAAGUCCUUGUUACUUGCGCCUUUGAUUACAAUGAACAUCCGCACUUAGCCGACUUUUUCCGUCGUUUUUCACAAGCAUCGCCUGCACUGCGUGGCGUUGAUACAUCAGUGACCUCUGCUGGCGCCGAGGAGGCCAUUCGCGCACGGUCAAAUUUAAACCUUCACCCUGACACACGCAUGUUCAAGGUUAUCAUCCCUGCUGCUGAGGGUGUCGGUUCAUCCAUGUUGAUCAUUCCUGCACCUGUUGCCCGCGGUCUUUCGCCUGUUGGCCGUAGGACACGCACUUGUCCUGCGUUUGACCCUGUCAAUAAUAAGAUUGUCAUGUUCAAGGACUCUUGGCGGGUGUCAUUACCCGAUGUCCUACCAGAGGGUGAAACGUACAAACUCUUGAAGGACGCCAAUGUUCGCAAUGUUGCAACAUGCAUUGCAUGUCAUGACGUACCAUCUCUUCCUCAGCAACACACACAGACUUUCAAGUUUUCGAAUGCCCCAUGGGCACUCCCCCAUGGGGCUCUCACUCCACAUAUUCAUUACCGUCUGGUUCUCAAUCUUGUGGGCAAGCCAUUGGUACACUUUACAAGCUCUCGUCAAGUUGUCAAAGCUGUUCGUGACGCACUGAUUGCCCAUAAGGAUGCAUGUAACAAGGUGGGCGUGUUGCAUCGAGACCUCAGUCCUGGAAAUAUCGUCAUGGAUGGCGCUAUUGGCAUCCUCAUAGAUUGGGAUCUUGCAAAGUUACUCAGAAUUCAGGGUCCUCGACAAACCACACGCACGUUUGCUGUCACCAAGGGAACAUGGCAAUUCAUGUCUGCCGAACUUGUUGAAAACAAACACGCCACGCAUACCAUUGAGGAUGACCUCGAGUCCAGUUUUUUACGUCGUUUUCUGGAUUGCCUUGAUGUCUUCGAGGCCGAGGAGAUGAAGGGGAUUGGGUCGGGCACCAAAUCGGCUUUUCUCAUUUCUAGAAGGCAAAUUGCGGGUGAUGUGUUUGUUGGGCGCAAAGCGCUUGACAAGCUUAUCUUUGCACUUGCUGAGCUCUUUGCUCUUCGGUACACUGUAGUCGCCGAUGUGGAGCAGGUUGCAUUCAACCAAACAUUCCCAUGCCUGGCGUCCACGGAGGGGACUCCCGCUCAUACAGCGGCCAUGGAGACUUUGAAGUCACAUUCCAAGUUCAUAGCCAUUUACGAUGAAUACCUCGCACUAGACACUUGGCUUCCUCAUGAGGUUCCCAAACUCCAACCUCUUGGUGAUGAUGAGAAGCGCAAGCCACAGGAAUUUUUCACAAAAUCACCAUGCCCCUCCCGGGUACUAGUCACCCCAACUGGGAAGAAACGGAGGUUAAACUCGGACUCAGACUCGGACUCAGACUCGGACUCAGACUCGGACUCAAGCCACUCUUAUGGCUGA